AUGGCGAUGAUGAUGACUGGCCGUGUGCUGCUGGUGUGUGCCCUCUGCGUGCUGUGGUGCGGUGCCGGCGGAGGCGGAUGCACUGAGAAGUUGGCAGCUUCUGCCGAAAUAACCGUUGAUUCUGCGAGUGGUGGUGUUGUUCCCGACACUGCCACAAGUCAUACGGCGCCUGGUGGAGCAGGAGACGUUUCUGCAAAGGAAUUACAGUUGAACCCCGUUAAAGGAUCUGCAUCCGGGUCCCCGCCAUUGCAAGAUGCUUUAAAGCUUGAACCACUGACAGAGCAGCCACACUCCGACCAAGAAAAUACGGAUCCACCGCCACAUUCAAAAUCAUUCCAAGAAGAGCGGCGUGAUGGAACACCCGAGAAUUCGCCAGGGGAAUCGGGGGCUUUACCCAGUCAAGAGGACACGAAGCAUGCAUCAAUUGAAAGUCCAGAAAUUAAUAAUCCUCCACCCUAUUCCACUAACAACAAUACCGUCAGCCGUAAUAGUGAGGAGCGCACAGAAGAUAAUUCGGGGAGUACUGAAACUCUUGAUGCCGCACCGUCAGAAGAGGGGCAGGAGCGUGAAAAAGUCACUUCUUCCUUGGAACAACCUCGGGAAACUUCCACAGCCGCACCGACCGUUACCACUCAAACAACUUCCAUGACGCCGCCUAAAGACAGUGAAAGCAGAAGCGUCAAAAUGAGUGAUGCAUCACCCCAUUCAACAGUCACCGUCACUCAAACAAAUCAUACGGCGACGAUUACACAAAACAGUGACAGCAGCACCGCGGCCUCCCCCACCAUUUCCCCUCUUUUGCUUCUUCUUGUUGUUGCGUGUGCGGCUGCUGCUGCUGUGGUGGCCGCGUGA